UACACUCCUCAUGGAGGAAUGCUAUUGAGCAAGUUGAAAUGCGAUCACUGUGUUUCAGUGGGUCACAAAGACUUGAAAGAAUCGAGAACGACAUGCAUGUUCAGGUAGUCCCCAGGUAGCACAUAAGAUUUGCUGGAUCCUACAUGCCACGGCGACAUUUGUUUUUGCGUCUUUCUGUGGGAAUGAAAGCAAAGGCACGGCACUGAAUGUGUCACACGGGUGCACAGCACAGACGGCUGCUAUAAAAGGGACGAUGGAGCAGGAAGAAAUGCAUCCGAACCACACAACUCCCCAUAUUUCACCAGCACCUAGCAAACCUGUAUUUCCUGGUUACUACUCACUCAUCCCUUUGGUUGUGCUCAUACUGAUUGGAUGUAUAGUGGCAGUGGUUGUUUAUAUCAGAAGAAAAAUGAGAUUGGAUGAUUUGCGGCAUAGGUUGAUUCCUCUGUACACCUACGACCCUGCAGAGGAACAGGAAGACUGGGGUGAUGCUGGCAGGGAGGACGAGGAUGCAGAGCUCAAUGAACCUUUGUACAAGGAGGCACAGCUCACCAUUUCCUCUGGCUACGGAACAUGAUCACAAAUUUCAGAAGAAACUCAUUUAAGCAAAUAAAUCUUCAUUUGCUGUACAUGCUGCACAGCAGCAGCUUGCUGCCUGGAUUCAAAGUGUAUAUAGAGGUUGUGGUUGAAACGUGACUUAAAGCAAACACCAGAUGGCAAUGUAACAUUGCCUUUUUACCUCAGCUGAAAUUAUUUUUUUUUAAUAGGCUGCACAGAGUUUUAUUUUAAAGGACAAAGCAAAUGUUAUUCCUGUGCAAUAAACUGGAAGUUUAAAGCUUGAAA